AUGCUGAUAAUUCAAUUGAUGACUAUAUUGAUGAUAUUACAUAAUGGUGGUACUCAAGGAUCAGAGACAGGAGCUACAGGCAUUUCCUUGGACCUCCCACACACAGCAGAAAGAAAUCUAAGUAGAAACUAUUUAUGUUUUAAUAGUUUAUGUUUCCCCUCAGAUAAUAUCACCUUCUUCAAUGGAGUCUUUGAAAAUGUGGAAAGUGUUGCUUUGUUCUUUGAUUGUUUGGGCUCUCACUUCACUUGGCUUCAGUCCGUAUUCACCAGCUUUCCUCCGUUGCUCAACUUUGUGAGCAGAAUGAAGUGUGUGACUGGCAUUUGCCCAAGAGACUUUGAAGACUAUGGCUGCGCCUGCCGAUUUGAGACGGAGGGCUUCCCCGUGGAUGAAGUAGAUGGCUGCUGUUUUCAACAUCGGAAAUGCUAUGAAGAGGCAACGGAAGAAGAAUGCACCUGGGAUCCUACCAAAAUCACCAUGAACGUCAGUUGUCUAACCAAAAACAUCACUUGUGGAUCUGAGGAUUCUUGUGAGCAUCUGCUCUGCAACUGUGACAAAGAAGCUAUUGAAUGUUUCUUGCAUUCUCCCGUUAACUCUUCCUUGAAUAAUUUUGAUGCUACUCUCUGCUCCUCUCUGGUGACAGAAACAUCUAGUGUGAAAAUCCACACCACAGUUCCCGCUUCAGUUACUGCAGAAUUGGAAAGCAACAGUAAUACCGAUUACCAGAGAGGAAGAAAGGAAGGGGAAGGAGGAGAUGUUCCUCAAGAUUCCAGAGAUUUGCCUCUGAACAACCAUGAAAGAUUUUCUUCAGAUGCUGAGAGCAGUGGAGUCCUUGAAAUCUUCAGAGGUGGGGCUGUAACCCAGAAGGAUGCGACUAUUGCUUUUGAUAAUUCUGAACUAAGAGGAUUGUCAGAGAGCUAUUUGGCUACCAUAAGAACCACAACUCCUUCACCUGGGAUUAGCACACCGGAAGCAGACUUCAUGCCAGUUUCAGAAUUUCCAAGACCAGCAAACAGCGGACAUCUCUUCAAGUUAGCUGGGGAGGAACCUGUGACAUUUUCUACAACGAUUCCAGAAGAGUCACCAUCUCCUGAAGAAUCUUUUAGAGAAGCGUGUGAUCGUUUCUCCUUUCUACAACGGGGCGAUAAUGGAAAACUCCAACAAGAGUUUCCACAGUUGGGUGAGAUGCUCUACUGCUUGACUAACCGGUGUCCAGAGGAGUUCGAAUUAUAUGGCUGUUUUUGUGGACAAGAGGGAAGAGGACAUCCGACCGAUGAACUGGACAGAUGUUGUUUCUCCCAUCAAUGCUGCCUGGAACAAGUUAAAAGAUUGGGAUGUCAGCCAGAAAAAAAAUCAAGUUCCGAAGUUGUGUGUUUUGAUCACACCCCAACAUGUGUUGGAUGGACCCUGUGUGAAAAUCUCCUGUGUUCCUGCGAUAAAGCUGCAGCCGAAUGCAUGGCGGCAGCCCCGUUCAACGAAAGCUGGAGGUUGUCCAGCAGACAGGCUUGCCAAGAGGACAAACUGGCUUGCCGCUGGGCAGGGCGUGUGAGGCCUCCAAGUAGCCCUCCAAGAGGUGCCAGAACGUCAAGUGAAGAAGAAGAAAGUAGCAGCGAGGAGACAAAUGCAGCUCGGCCCCUCUUGAGACGCGGAAAAAGAGCAAUACGGAAUGGCAGGCGAAGGUCCAGAAUACUCCCACUGCAAACAAGAUAAUCUCCACUUCUCUGUCCAGCUACAGAUCUACUACUGGCAGCAUUGCACAAGAGGCAGCCAGUAGUGUAUCCUAUAUAGCUGGCUAGUCUUUUCUUAAAAGCCUCCAGGGAUGAAGCAC